GUGUUCCGGAGAAGUGAGGGCUCCAAGCUUCAGAGGCCACAGUAGCAGAGAACCGAGAUUCACCAUGAAGAACCGUCUGGGUACAUGGUGGGUGGCCAUCCUCUGCAUGCUGCUUGCCAGCCACCUCUCCACGGUCAAGGCAAGGGGCAUAAAGCACAGGUUCAAGUGGAACCGGAAGGUCCUGCCCAGCAGCGGCGGCCAGAUCACCGAGGCCCGGGUAGCUGAGAACCGCCCAGGAGCCUUCAUCAAGCAAGGCCGGAAGCUGGACAUCGACUUCGGAGCAGAGGGCAACAGGUAUUACGCGGCCAACUACUGGCAGUUCCCGGAUGGGAUCUACUACGAAGGCUGCUCUGAAGCCAACGUGACCAAGGAGAUGCUGGUGACCAGCUGCGUCAACGCCACCCAGGCGGCCAACCAGGCUGAGUUCUCCCGGGAGAAGCAGGAUAGCAAGCUCCACCAGCGAGUCCUGUGGCGGCUGAUCAAAGAGAUCUGCUCCGCCAAGCACUGCGAUUUCUGGCUGGAAAGGGGAGCUGCGCUUCGUGUCGCUGUGGACCAACCGGCGAUGGUCUGCCUGCUGGGUUUCGUUUGGUUCAUUGUGAAGUAAAGAUCAAUGAAGCUAGCAGCCACAGAGGUGAGCUGAUGGGCAAAGGUGGACAGAGGUAGCCCAGUUCUCUCUAUCUAGCCCCCGAGUGUUCUGAAAGUACAACGUGUAGCGUUUCAGGGCACUUUGAAAGUCCCUCCCAAGUACUCCCCCUACUCCAUGUGUUUGAUAAUGUGUUUCAGUGCCCCUAUGCCCCACCCCUGUGAGACCUGGCCUGUUCCUGCCUUUGCGGCUACACUAGGUGAUAAAUCAGCCAAAGGAUACAAGAAUUGUCCUAUGCACUCCACCUGAUUUUCCAACUCCAAGAAACUGAGGCUCACAUUGCAGGAGUCCCCAUCCAGCACAGUUAGAAAACAGAAGAGCUGAGGUUCCCCUGCUCUGUCUUCCCUCAGGUUUUCUGCUCUGUGUAGCCUAGAGCUGUCUCCUGAUCCCUCCAAGACUCAGGUCCAAGUGCAGUCCAGAAUGUGGACUGAAAUGUGGAAGUCACACCCCGAACUAAAUGGGAAACCCUGAGCGACAACAGUGCAUCUUGACACCUUACGUGAGACUACAAUAUAACAAAAAUUAAGCUAAAGUAGACAUGACAUUAGACAAAGGCUCAGAAAUCAGAUUGGAGGGAAAUUUGCUACGCACCUCCCAGAGAGCAGCUUCGGGGCAGGAUGCGUUUGUGGUGUCUAGAUGCGUCUUCACAAGGACUGGUGUUUGCUGUUUGGGCCCCUGCAAUGUCUGCAAAGUUAAGAAAACCUUUGUAAGUGACACAUUGCAAGUGCGUGCGCAUGCGUGUGUGUGUGUGUGUGUGUGUGUGUGUGUGUGUGUGUGUGUGUGUGUGUUUAUUUGUUUUCUAGAUAGGAAUUUCUCUAUGUAGCCCAGGUUGACCCCAUAAUCAUGAUCUUCUGGCCUCUGCCUCCCGAAUGCUGGGAUUGCAGACAUGCCACCAAGCCCAAUAUGUGUUUACUUCUGAUGUCCCCUGGCCCUAUGUGCAUGUGUGUUCUUAGGCAUCUUAAGAUGCUCACUGUGCACAGAGCUCUCUGCAAACACUGUCCGUUUUUUAAAAACUACUUUGGUAAAAGCUAAUCUUUGUGAAUAAUUUAACAUUCCCAAAAUAUAAUUAUUGGCCAAAAAGCCUAAGAGAAAUGUCAUCUUUAGGGAGACCCAAUAAAGAAGUGCUGUCUGCCAUCAUAAGAACUGAUAUGCCACUUUGUGAACUUAAAUAUAUAUUAAAAAUAUGAAUGUUACCUAAAUGUUUAAAAAUCUUUUAAGAUUCUCCCACGGGUUUUCCUCACCUUUCAGGACCCCAGGAGUUGCAGAACGGGAUCUGGAAAUAACUGCUACUGGGUGUAGUCUCUUGUAAAAGGAGUAUCUGACAGGGGGGUCGGGUAUUGUCAAAGGAGUCAUCUGCAACAUUCCAGAACACGAGUGCUGAUAGCAGUACUUCGAGUGCUGAGUUCCCAGUGCUAUCGGUUCUUCUCAAGGACACCUCUGGCAGGCGUCACAUGGUAAAGGGACGUGAAGCAGGGCGGAACCGUUACCACUGGACAGACAGCACAGAGAAACCAGCCUGCUGCAGUAUGCCACUGCUGCCAAGACACACCUCCUCAGUCUGCUGACUACUGAUCUUAAACCAGAGAGCAGGCCCAGAUCGCACAGUUUAUCCCUUGCACGCCAUUUUAGAUAUCAGACAAUAAAGAAGGAAUAGUUCUUAGAUGGUGAUGUUGGCGUUUCAGCUCCAGGCUUAAGGCUUAGUUACCAGGGCGCACAAAGCUAUAGACAACCAACUUCCUUCCAGCGUGAAAAUGCGUAGGCUGGACAGAGUCCGUGCUCUGCGAUCGCUGAAUUCUUUCAGACCAUUGGUUGUCACACCCCCACAAGCCUAACUGUGACAGCCAAUGAGUGUCCAUGUGAUUUUGACUGCAAAUUUCACUUAUUUGAUUUUUAGCGGAGACGUCCUUGCUCUUACUUGUGGAUCAGGAGAGGUUUUCUUAGCCCUUCUAAGUGUUCCCAACCCGUGCGCUGUAGAACAGCUUGUGCAAACUGACAGCAGAGUAAAAGGGGGCGGGGCUGCACUUCCGGCAUCCCACCAGUCCACGCCGCCCUUUUCACCUCUCCAGACUCGCCUCUCCUUUAUUCAUUUACAAAUGCAAAUGUAGCAAUUUGCAAUCCUAAUACAGGGCCAGGGCGGUGGAUGCCUUAAAGCUUUAUUUGGCUUCAUUUAGUGCUUUCUGUCCAUUUUUAAAUGACUUUUGGUUUUUUGUUUCUCCAGCCCCAUCUCCUCCCUCUGCCCUAGUAUGAAACUUGUACCCCUUUACUGUGUUUAAAUAUAAAGACGAGGGUUUUUAUUUUGUUACAUUACAACCCUUAAAAUACAAAAUCACUUGUAUAAUAUUUGUUUCUCUGCGGUUUGUAUUCCUGAUUUAGUGGAAUGGCAUUAAACUCUCUGGGUCAGUAUCUAACUAGUUAACAUCUAACUAGUCCUUUUAGAUGACCAUGAAGUAUUCCACUGUACAGAUGUGCUACAAGUGACUUGAUAACUUCCUUGUUGACAGAUCUUCAGAUUGUUCUUAUCUUGCAAACAAUAAACACCCAUAUACAGACA